UCUCCGCCCAGGGGCGGUCGGUGGGCGUGGAUGCCGGCCGGCGUCGUCAAGUCUUAGAAAUAGCCUCAGUCGGCGAGGCUUCUGUACAUUAGCAGAGAGAGAAUCGAAAAGGAGGGACCUGAAAGCCGACAGCCUUUGGCAUUGAGAGCUCGCUUGCAAGCGGGCUUCUUCGGGCAGAAAGGUCGGGUGGGGACAGCUGGUUUGCUCGCAGUCGUCUGGGAGCCUCGAGAAGCCUUGUAGCAUCCGUCACCGGAGCCACAGGGUAGUCCCGUAACUCAUCGUUGCCAUUUUAAGCCGAGAACUGGGAAGAAAGCUCGGCUUCAGAGCCUUUGCUUCACGUUGCAAGGCUUGGUUUCAUUUGUUUUUUUUUUUGCUAGGCUUUUUUUUUUUGGUUGCUUUUUAAAGGUCGUACUAUUAUACCUACCGUACGCAUCGUUUCCCUUCCUUCCUCACCUCUCGCUUUGUCUCGGGAGGUCUUUUGAUUCCAAAUUUCAUUUGCAAAUUUAGUGAGUUUGGGCAAGGAAAGGGCGAUACAGCCCCGAAACCUCGCAGUGAAGAUGCCCUUGGAGUUGACUCAGAGUCGGAUGCAAAAGAUAUGGAUUCCUAUCGAUCACCGUCCUUCGUUGCCAAGAUCCUGUGGACCUCAGCUGACCAAUUCACCUACGGUGAUUGUCAUGGUUGGACUCCCAGCCAGGGGAAAGACUUAUAUGUCCAAGAAGUUGACACGCUACCUCAAUUGGAUUGGUGUGCCCACAAAAGUUUUCAAUGUUGGUGAGUACCGCAGGGAAGCGGUGAAGGAAUUCAGUUCUUAUAAUUUCUUCCAUCCUGAUAAUGAAGAAGCCAUGAGAGUUCGGAAACAAUGUGCCUUGGCUGCUUUGAGAGAUGUCCAGUUGUAUCUAAAAGAGGAAGGUGGUCAGAUUGCAGUUUUUGAUGCUACCAAUACAACAAAAGAGAGAAGAGAUAUGAUCCUUGAAUUUGCAAAAGAAAAUGACUUUAAGGUAUUUUUCAUCGAGUCUGUAUGUGAUGAUCCUUCUGUAGUUGCCUCCAACAUUAUGGAAGUUAAACUCUCCAGCCCUGAUUAUAAAGAUUGCGGCUCAACAGAAGCCGUGGAGGACUUCAUGAAAAGAAUUAAUUGCUAUCAAGCCACCUACCAACCUCUUGACCCAGAUAACUAUGAUAGGAAUCUGUCACUGAUCAAGGUGCUUGAUGUUGGCCGCCGAUUCCUGGUAAACAGAGUCCAAGAUUAUAUCCAGAGCAGAAUAGUUUAUUACCUGAUGAACAUCCAUGUCCAGCCCCGGACCAUCUACUUAUGUCGCCAUGGGGAGAGCGAGUACAACAUCCUAGGGAGAAUCGGUGGAGACUCUGGCUUGUCCACCCGGGGGAAGAAGUUCUCCGUCACCUUGUGCAAGUUUCUUGAGGAGCAGAAUUUGAAAGACCUUAAAGUAUGGACCAGUCAGCUUAAAAGGACCAUCCAGACAGCAGAAGCCCUCAAACUACCUUAUGAACAGUGGAAGGCCCUCAAUGAAAUUGAUGCUGGAGUCUGUGAAGAGAUGACCUAUGAUGAGAUCAAGGACAAUUAUCCUGAGGAAUAUGCUCUUCGUGAUCAGGACAAAUAUUAUUAUCGCUACCCUACUGGAGAGUCUUAUCAAGACCUAGUUCAGCGCUUGGAGCCAGUGAUCAUGGAAUUGGAGAGACAGGAAAAUGUAUUAGUCAUCUGCCAUCAAGCUGUCAUGCGCUGCCUUUUGGCCUAUUUUCUAGACAAGAGUGCAGAUGAAAUGCCCUAUUUGAAAUGUCCCCUCCACACAGUGUUGAAACUGACACCUGUGGCCUAUGGUUGCCGAGUGGAGUCCAUUUAUUUGAAUGUGGAAGCAGUAAACACACACCGGGAAAGGUCUGAGGAAGCAAAGAGGGGACCUAACCCGCUCAUGAGACGCAAUAGUGUUACCCCACUAGCCAGCCCUGAGCCCACCAAAAAGCCUCGAAUCAACAGCUUUGAGGAGCAUAUGGCUUCCACUUCUGCUGCCCUGCCCAGCUGCCUGCCCCGGGAGGUGCCCACACAACCUUUACUAGGGAAAGCCUGUUUAACCUGAAUAAUUCAUCAAAUCAAUUUUGACUCUUCCUGGAACUCUGAAACUGCAUUCCAUUGCCAUUUCUGAAGCUUGGCUUAUGCCCCUCCAUUUAAUCUGGGGCCCUGAUAAUCAUAGCUGCUGCUUCCAUAAAACUGACCGAACUCUUGGUGAGAGGGUGGGAUUAUUCCCUCUUAUAUUAUAGCCCUCCUGUAAAGAAUUUUUUCAUUUUUCAUUUUACUUUUUCUCAUCCCAUUCUAUUCUCAAUGGAUGUCUGGCACCCUCUCUGGAAAGGCUUUGAAAGUGUGAGAAGGGGAGAAUUGGCUGAGAAGAGAAUGUCUCUGCUUCUUUUCUACCCUUCCACCUUAGAUGUCUCAGGAUGGCAGGUCAUAAUUUCUUACAGGAAAAUUCAAGAUGGCUGGCCAACUUUUUGUUUUGUCCUCUGAAGAUACUUCAUUAGGAGUAGAACCAGCAUAUGAUGUGCAAACAAUAGUAGACCUCUUCAGGAAUUCAUGAGUCAGAAAUCUUGCUAUUUGACUAAAGCAAAGAAUUACUCUCCUUUAUGUUUUUAUUCAGAGUCUGUUCUUUCUAAGCAGAAUGUGAGAAUGGGUACCAAUGGGAAGACACCAUUCUCUUUGAACUGCUUGUUUUUGCACCUUCUGUGGAAGAAAUAGGAUGAAAAAUCCAUACCAUCCACAGAACUUGAAUGUUGGGACAUGGAUAGAUGGGUCAGGUUAUGAGCUGGAAAUAUUGGCAGGGUAGGAAACAUCUGCAGAGCAAAGUUUGUUUCCCAGUUGAAACUGGCUUGUACAAAGCCUCCACUUUACUUUAGAAAGUAAAGACCAAGCCGCGUAGUUAGCGACUAUCCCCGGAGGGCUGAGGCAAGAGGAAAUCCUCCAGGAUUCUCUUCUCAGACUGUACAGAAUAGCCAGUACCAAGACUGCCUGCUUUCAGUUCAAUAUUGAGCAUCUGCUGUCUCUAGCAUUGGUCCAGGUGCUCAUCCCUGUAGGGUAAUGCAGGGGUAGGGGAGAUUUCCAUAGCACCCAGAUGGCCUUCAGGUGCCAUAUCACGGCUCCACAGAGAAGCCCUUCGGGCAAGUGUUUUGGUUCAGGGAGGAAGAGACAGACCACAGUGCCUCAUUCUAGAACAUUUAUUGACAUUUAUUGGCAGGCCAGUGACAAGUCAGAUUGUCAUAAACAUAAGCCUAAGAUCCUCUUUUUUUAAACCAUCUUGUCACCCAUUUUGUGCACACUCAGGCACAAGUGCAUGUUUAUGUGUGAACUGUACAGUUUUGAACUCCCUUUGUUCUUUGAUAGAUUUGCUGUAAUCUGCUUUCUUGUACUCAUUUCUGUUUCUAAUCAACAGAAGGUGGCCAAGAAUCAUGGUGAGGAUCUCUAGGAUGUUUGCUCUUUUUUUUAAAAUUACAAGCCAGCAUUACCUAAUGAGGAUUUUAAUUUGGGAAGAGUGAGGAGGAUCCAGAGAUCCUAGAGAUGAAGCAAGUAAUAGUAGUAUUAGUAGUAGCCUGAACUACACUGAAGCAUUUCAUUGAGGAGGCUUCAUGCACAGUGGGAGUCUUUGCUUGGGACUACUGAUUUUUAUUUACCAUGUUCCUCUGGAACCAGUUUUCUGAACUUUGUAUGUUUGGGGGGGACAACUCUUUCUCUCCCCCCCCCCCCCCAAUAUCCUGAGGGUAGCAGAACUCUAAGAAUUGAGAAAGGGGAGAAACUGAACCACAUCCAUGAUACUGUUUUUAUUUGUAAUACUUGAAAUUUAUUUUUUUAAUAUUAUUUUGAUAGCAAAUGCUAUUUAUUUAUUUAAUGUGUAUGAUGGUGCCAGGUGUGUGAGAGUGAGUGGGUUGGGAGCGUUUUUCCUAAACUUGUGAUUUAGUAGGUGUGCUUUAUGUUUGUCUUUAAUCACCUGGGAUAAAACUCUGCUAGCUUGUAAACAGGGUAUGCCUUUCAGAAAUUUGUAUAUUUUGCAGUUGCUAGACAAAUAAAAUAUCUUGUUAAAGUA